GCCUUUGCAAAAUCCGCGCGCUCCCUCUGCGGCUGCUUUCUGCUUUUCAGCCCAACUGAAACCUUCUGUGUCAAUGGACGAAGCCACCCAAGGAGAGAUUUAACGUUUUCGCCUGUGACCUCUAUAGAAAAGGACCUGCAGCGCAGCGGUGUAGAGAAGUUGCCGCUAGCUUAUUUUCGGUGCACGAAUAUUCCAAGCCAAACACCUGCAUUGUGACUUCCUGUGCUCUCGCUUUCGAUCCUUCCUCUUUUGGGGGGGGGGGAGGCGAGGGGGAAGUUAAGCGGAGGAGCUCGUCACUUCUCGCCUUCUCAAGAGCGAACACGCGUUGUCUCUCUGCCGCUUGCAGCGGAUCAGAGGAUGGACCUCCUUUUUCUGAAAAAAGUUGUGUUGCUACCUUCGCGUGGAAAUUGAACCCAUCAACUUGAAUGUAGAAAAGCGCGAGGCAGCGCUCUCCUGCCUGGUGGUGGCCCCAAAGGAGCAGGGCUCAGCGGUCACCUCGUUGGGCGACGUUCCCUCUAGUCCACCACGGCCAUUUCUCCUGUUUCCGGUAACUACAAACGCCAGAGCAAAGUCAUGGGCAACCGUCACGGCUCCCUGCCUUUGAAGAUUUUUUAAGCACGUGUAGGGAGCUUCUGGAAUAACCCCCCCCCAUCUUUUUCCCGCCUGUUUUUUAUUUUAUUUUAUGGGGGUGAUUUUUCUUGUACGAGACUCUUCCUCCCCUUGAUCUCUUUUCUGCUUCAAGGGAAAAUCGGGGGAAUUUUCAACUUGUAGCCUUUUUUUUAUAUUUUAUUUUGUAAUCUUAAAAUCUGAGAAUGGGCAAUGCAGCCAGCAGUAUGGAAAUGUCUCCAGCGAAGGAGAUUAAAAGCCAACCGACUGCUUCUUCGCCUUUACCCCCCAAACAGCCUGCACCCCCCAAACUACCUAUGCCCAAUGCUGAGGAAUUGGAAGAACGAUUUGGACAUGUUCUGAAUUCUAUGAAUCUGCCGCCAGACAAAAUGAAGCUCCUGAGUCAGUAUGAUAAUGAAAAGAAAUGGGAAUUAAUAUGUGACCAGGAACGAUUCCAGGUCAAGAACCCACCAUCUGCCUAUAUCCAGAAAUUGAAGAGCUAUCUAGACACAGGUGGAUUCAGUGGAAAGUUUAAGAGACGAGUUCAAGAAUCUACCCAGGUUCUUCGGGAAUUAGAGAUAUCCCUGAGAACAAACCACAUUGGUUGGGUCCAGGAGUUCCUAAAUGAAGAGAAUAGAGGUCUUGAUGUGUUGGUGGAUUAUCUCGCCUUUGCCCAGUGCUCUGUCACGUAUGAUAUGGACAGCACUGACAAUGGGAGCCCUGGGUCGGACAAGGGAAAGGCCCUGGACAGAUCUGUAGAGGACCUCAGCAGAAGCAAUUGCUCUCCCACACAGGGUUCCAUCAAAACAAGGCACUUGACUGUCAGACUCAAUCCGGCACACAGCAGGAAGGCACUACGGAACUCACGCAUCGUCAGCCAGAAGGAUGAUGUUCAUGUCUGCAUCAUGUGUCUCCGUGCUAUUAUGAAUUAUCAGUCUGGAUUCAGUCUUGUGAUGACCCAUCCAGCCUGUGUAAAUGAGAUCACACUCAGUCUCAACAAUAAGAAUCCCAGAACUAAAGCUCUUGUCCUUGAGCUGUUGGCUGCUGUUUGCUUGGUCCGAGGAGGUCAUGAUAUUAUUCUGGCUGCCUUUGACAACUUCAAAGAGGUUUGUGGUGAGAAGAACCGUUUUGAGAAGCUGAUGGAGUAUUUCCAAAAUGAAGACAGCAAUAUAGAUUUCAUGGUGGCUUGUAUGCAGUUCAUCAAUAUUGUGGUUCAUUCUGUGGAGAACAUGAACUUUCGUGCCUUCUUACAAUAUGAGUUCACACAGUUGGGACUUGAUGAGUACCUACAGAAGGUGCGCUGUACAGAAAGUGACAAACUGCAAGUGCAGAUCCAAGCCUAUCUGGAUAACAUCUUUGAUGUUGGUGCCUUGCUGGAGGAGACCGAGACCAAAAAUGCCAUUCUGGAACACAUAGAGGAUUUGCAAGAAGAAGUUGGACAGCUCACUGAGAAACUCCAGGAUGCAGAAAAUGAAUCCGAGGCCAAAAUUGCUGAGCUAGAGAAACAGCUGUAUCAGUCACGCAAUGAGCUGGAGAUCCUGAGAACAAGAAGAAGUGAUGAGCCGAACAAGCUGGAUCAAAUCAGCAAAGUUAACAAGCCAGGAAGUCCUUCUUGGCUCCCAAUGCAGCUUCCACAAGAGUUAAAAAUAACUCCACAGUACACUGCUUUGGAGCACAACCUGGAAGAACUGGAAGACAGAGGUUUAAUCCGGAUUCAGCGGGGGCCUGGCAGUGACACCAUCGUUGGCAUUGAGGUCAUCCCUGUUGUUACUAUUGAAGCAUCUUCAUCAACUAGCACAGAUUAUCCCUCCCCAUCUACAUCGCCUGUCCCCACUCUUGCUCCAGAAAUACCACCAGCACCACCUUUACCUUUCAUGAAAGGCAAUGAUUCUGUGGCUUUCCAUUCUUCUCGAGAGGAGGAGCUGUCACCUGUUCCAACUUCUCUUCUACCACCACCAUCACCACCACCCUCACUAGGGAUCAGUGAGCCUCCACCUGCCCCACCACUGCCCGUAACUAAACCUCAAGGUCCACCACAACCACCACCACCACCACCACCACCACCACUCCUCUUAACAUUUGGUGGCCCCGUUGCUCCUCCUCCACCACCACCUCCUCCUCCUCCCAUGAUUGAUGGGACAACUUUUCCAGCAAGUACAGUUACUGCAGCUGUCAAGAUCAAAAAGCCUAUACAGACCAAAUUCCGUAUGCCUGUCUUCAAUUGGGUCGCUUUGAAGCCUAACCAGAUCAAUGGGACCAUCUUCAAUGAACUCAAUGAUGAAAAAGUCCUUCAGGAGCUUGACAUGAGUGACUUUGAAGAACAAUUCAAAACCAAAGCUCAGAGUUCAAGCAAAGAACUCAGUUUCAUGAAGGCAAAAACUUUACCCAAAGUUCCCACUAAGGUUUCAUUGAUUGAAUGCAACCGGGCAAAGAACCUGGCCAUCACCCUCCGUAAAGGGGGGCUAAGUAUCGACAGCAUUUGCAAAGCCAUUCAGACAUAUGACUUACAGACCCUCAGUCUGGAUUUUCUGGAGUUACUGAUGCGCUUCAUCCCAACGGAAUAUGAGAUGACACUAAUCCGCAAAUAUGAAAAAGAGCAACAUCCACUGGAUGAGCUUUCUGAUGAGGACCAAUUCAUGAUCAAAUUCAGCAAAAUUCCCCGCCUAACAGAACGCAUGAACAUCAUGACAUUCUUAGGCAGUUUUACAGAUACUGUACAACUCCUUCUGCCACAACUAAAUUUUGUGAUUGUUGCUUCAAUGUCAGUCAAGUCAUCUACCAAACUGCGUCAGAUUUUAGAGAUUGUCCUGGCAUUUGGGAAUUAUCUGAACAGCAGCAAACGGGGAGCAGCUUAUGGAUUCCGGUUGCAGAGCCUUGAUGCGCUUCUGGACAUGAAAUCAACAAACCGGAAACAGACACUACUUCAUUAUAUAGUGCGGGUGAUCCAAGAAAAGUAUUCUGAUCUUCUGAACUUUUCCAGUGAGCUGCACUUUCUGGACAAAGCAGGGACAGUGUCACUGGACAGUGUGCUUCAAGAUGUGAGAAGCCUACAGCAGGGCAUGGAGCUAGCACGCAAAGAAUUCAUGCGCCAGGAUGACAGUAUUGUACUCAAGGAUUUCCUAAAGAUGAACAUAGAAAUGAUGGAAAAGCUUCAGGCAGACAGUAAAACUGCGCAGGAGGCAUAUGAGUCAACAGUGGAAUACUUUGGGGAGAAUCCCAAGACUACUCCCCCAACUAUGUUCUUCCCUACAUUUGUGCGCUUUAUUAAAGCAUACCAGAAAGCAGAGGAAGAUAUCAAAGUGUGGAAGAAGCAAGAAGCAGCUGCCAAAGAAGAGGAGUCAAUUUCCCCUGACAAGGAGGAACAGGCAGUACCCAAGCAAUCUCCCACCCAUAAGGCCAAACGACAACAGAUGGACCUCAUAGCUGAGCUAAAGAAAAAGCAGAUGGUGAAGGAGCCUCUCAUUUAUGAAGAGAAGGAUGGUGCCAUUGAAGACAUUAUUUCAGGUCUGCGUAUCCAGCCAUACCGACGGGGGGACACUGGUCGGCACAGUGGCAAAAAACGGACCACUGGGCAGACUCUUCAGGCAACCUCCGAGAUCUCACUGUGACAGCCUUGAAUGAGAACAAGCUAAAUAAGUCUUGGUUUGCUGGGUGAAGCAAGGACUCAGGCCUGGACCAAAGACUUUCCCCACCAAGGAAUAAAGGGACUCAGGCCAGGAUGACUGUCUUCUCCCCUCCCCCACAUAUACACUCACUUAUAACCUUUGCACAUGUAAGUCCUGCUGGCUACAUUCCCACUGGAUCAACAACAUUGCUUCAUCUAAUAAGCAACAAUCAUCUUGCCCACAUUUGACUGACCUACCAUGGCAGCAGUCAGCAGGAUGGUCCCUCUAACACAGGGACAGCCACUGGUGCUAGAAACCUCCACCACGAAAUCACAAGAAGCAUCUUCAAUCUCCAAAAAAUUUUGUGGCUGCUGCUGCCUCUACAGAAGAAGAAAGCAAUUUGAUCCAGAUCCUUUUCUCCCUGCUUCCUUUUCUAUCCAACCUAUUCUGAUUUCUUUAUCUAGGGCAUUCAUUCUAUUUUAGUUCUCCAGUUCCUCUUCCAUACUAGAAACAAGUUGGGAGAGGAUUGUCUGUUUUCCUUCAAGCGUCACAAAAAAUUGUGUUUGUCUAAGUACUGAUGUGGUUGUAAGGAUGAUUACUUCCUGAGAAAGUGUAACUUCAGGAUCAUUUAAGCCAUUAUAGCAUAGCAAAACAGGGCUAAUUAAUUAAUAAAUCCAAGCUGUUUCUGAGUGGAGCAAACACCAAGUAUACAAUAGCAUUCUGUUCUAGCUUUUUAAAAAUUUUUUUUGCAAAGGUGCUGCAUUAAUUUCAUCACUUUAGAAUCUAAACCAUAUUCAGCAUGUCAGCUUUCUGAUAUGGAAUGAGUUGGCUUCAGUGGCCUAUAGCCUUUUCUUUUUGCAAAAUCUCACGAUUGGUUCUGGCCACAUACAGUCCUGUUGCUUCCUUAGAGUUAUGAAUAUAUGACAAGUUCUUAGAGUUGUGAAAAGGGAAAUAAGGGAACAACAGGAAUCGUGGUUUUUUUUGUCCUUUUUAUAUAUUUUCAUACUAUCCAGGUCUGCCCCAUAUUGUGAUCUAUAUUUCAUAUUCUACUACAUGUCAACUGUAACUGCAUGACUGUUGCAUCCAAUGUAAUUAGAAACCCAUUGAAAACAAUGUUGCUCUUCUCUCUCUCUCUCUCUAGCAAAUGGUUUCCCAUGAUUAUAUAUUCCUCUAGAAUAUUUAGUGAGUUCAGCAUCCUUUUCUAGCACAACAAUCAGUCUAGGGAAUUAAUCUGGUCAGUUGAACAGCAUCUCAGGAUUUAGCAAAAUUUGGCAUUCAAAAACUACUCAUUCUUCUGAGUAUUGGUGACAAUCACACUGGUUAUGGGAAUUGCUGUUCUUUUUCUUGCCACAUGGUGUCAUUCUUCUGUGGCUGAACACGUUUUUCUUCCGGGUUGCUGCCAGUAUAUAUAUAUUACAUAUUACAUAUAAUAUAUUAUCUCCCCACUUCCAACCUUCAGAUGUAUAUUCUUAGGAGCUUUACUACAAGAGACAGAAAAAUAUAGAGUGAAAGUGACAUUAGAUAAUUCAGGAGAUCUUUAAUAAAAAUUCAAUCCAUUAUUACAAUGCAUAGUUCUAAUUCUAUACUGAGAUUUACAAGUGUUUGUUCAUCUGAAGGAUACCACAUCCUAAUCCAAUUGCAUGUUUCCCCACUUGCUGGAAACCUGGGGAAUGGGGUUAACUCAUGGAAAAUGCUUCCCCCCCCCCUUUUGUAGCUCCACUGUACAGGCAACAGACAAUACAUCUUACUCCCUCUCCCAAAUCAAGCCAGUUUUUAUGGGUUCUAGCUUUCCCUUCAUUUGCUGAGGGAGAACAGAUUAUAGUCUCUAAAGUAUAUAGAGGGGAAGAGCAAUUUGUCCAUGCCCCUCUUUUUCGGGUGGGUGGGUGUGGAGGAGGCAUGGUUACAAUACCUUUAUUUUGUAUUAUCUGACUCCCUCUGGAGCACUUUAUGCCUGAUGCAAAGUUGCACUUUGUUUUUCCCUCUCAAACUCCAGCAUGCAGUAACAUAUUGCAAUAACUACCUAUUUCAGGAGAGAUUAGAUAUGCAUGGACCACAAAUUUGUUCAGUCUCAACUGAAACAAAAUCCUCAACCGCCUUUAACAAUACUAUGGCCAGGUCCCUACUGUCCAUCCCAAACCUGUUGUAGACUAGGUAUGCUUAGAAGCCCAGUUUUAGGCUACCAUCGCUUUCCCCAUAAUUUAAGAAAAACUAAAAUUAUCACAGUAAAUGCUCAGAAUAGCACAAUUCUUUAUGCCAUGUCUGGGAGCAAGGGGAAAGGUGGGAGGAAUGGUUAGAAAAACAAUUGAAUGUGGAACUUAAUUGUUUUCUUAAGAUGCCUUGAAUGCUGUAGAUGAGCCACAAUGCUCUACAUAACUUGUAUACAUUAUUUUUAUAUAUGGUGUGUGAAUUGCAUUUAACCCAAAGCAAGUUAACAAAUGAGAAAAUAUAAUACGUGUAUUGUAACAAUGAAAAUUAUGUUCUUGUUUGGGACGCAUGCUGGGCUCAGAUUCUUAAGACAGGAAAUAUUCAAAAUUGCAAGAAAUCCCUCAAAGAGGAACCAAUACAAGUUGUAAUAAUAUCAAGGUGUCCACAGAUGCAUCCUAUGAUCACAAACUCAUGGCAGCUCAGAACUCUAGUCAAGAUGUGAGAUAAGCAAAGGAGCUUAGACUACCCAACUGGUACAUUUAAACUUACUUGCCCUGUCUGGUUUAUAAAUAAUGGCUCUUCAUAACUGAAGUUAGUCUUCUUAGGUUUCAUACUUUCUAGAUGUUGUGACUGAGAAAAAUAUCCAAGUGAACAGUAUGAUAAGUAUCAAUUUUACCACUAACAGCACAAAACUGCCACCUCAUUCAUUCUCACCUAGAGUUCACAGGCUAUUUACCUUUCCCUGCCCCAAAGAAUAAAACCAUUAAUUUAGAUGGUUUGUAAAAGAUGUUGCAACUUAGUUAAAAUGCAGAUGACUAUAUCCAUGCACUUUUUCUCAGCAGAUGUAGUUUGCCUUUCAGAAUGUGUUUUCAACUUCCCAGGUUAGCCAAGGAACACAUUUUUGUACUGCAAGCAUAUCUGAUAGUUGUUAAUCCAUAAUAGAUUCAGAAUGAUUUCCCUCUGAGUACUACAUGUCGGAUAGAUAAAUUGAUCUGGUCAGUUUCAGAAGUCAAAUGUUUGAGAGACUAACUUAGGGGUCUUCAGACUUGGCCCUUUUAUGACUUGUGGACUUCAACUCCCGGAAUUACUCAGCUAACAUGCGUGGCUGAGGACUUCUGGGAGUUGGAAGUGCAGAAGUCAUAAAAGGGCCAAGUUUGAAGACCCCUGGACUAACCACUGCUGGAAUACCACACUUCUGCUUAUAUAACUAGUAGACUCUAGUCUCAGCCCCCCCUACUAUUGUGUGAUUAAAAUAUAUACAGUACUCUAAAUUUUAAGGUCAGGUUUCUACCACACUAAACCAAAAUGCUUUGAACGUACAUGAACACGCCAUCAUUUUAUUUGGUUUAUAAACCCAUAUGUGUUAGAGACUUAAGGUGACUUUCAUGAUAACUCCAUUUUAUCCCAACAGCCACCUUGGGCUGGGUUGAUAGCAAAUGACUGACCUAAAGAUAUCACUUAAAUAUUCAUUAAAAACUAUUCAAGUAUCCAUGGAUGAACUUGGGACUUUAAUCUGUUCAAGCUAGUCAUUCUCACAAUAUUUUAAAGCCCUCCCUCUUAUUGCAUUGUAGGAUUUGAAUCAAAGAUUGAAACUUACAGUACCUAGAGCCAAAAUGGUUAUUAUUUUGGUUUUACAAAAUUCUUGCACUUUAUGACAAGGCUAAGUUAUGGAGCUUCAGUGAUAAUUGUUUCAGAUCCAGACAACACAACAGACCCUGAAUUGGAUAAAAUGCAAUGUGCAAGGGAAUGAAGAAAUGCCAGCACUUUAUGAGUUCAAAUUUUCAGUUGCACAUGGGUAAAGAUAGCCUUUCUAGUGUUGUUUUGGCAAAAGAAAGGCUUACUUGUCAAACUCAUUCACAAAGCUAAAUCCUUCAGCAGCCCUCCUGGUAAUGGCUGUUCCCCAGCUUUCCCUAUAAUUGACAAACAU